AUGACUGUCCGAAACAUCGCCUCCAUCUGUAAUAUGGGCACCAAUGCCUCUGCUCUGGAAAAAGACAUCGGCCCAGAGCAGUUUCCCAUCAAUGAGCACUACUUCGGAUUGGUCAAUUUCGGGAACACAUGCUACUGUAACUCUGUGCUCCAGGCCUUGUACUUCUGCCGGCCGUUCCGUGAGAAUGUGCUGGCAUACAAGGCCCAGCAAAAAAAGAAGGAAAACUUGCUGACGUGCUUGGCAGACCUUUUCCACAGCAUUGCCACACAGAAGAAGAAGGUUGGCGUGAUCCCACCAAAGAAGUUCAUUUCGAGGCUGAGAAAAGAGAAUGAUCUCUUUGAUAACUACAUGCAGCAGGAUGCUCACGAAUUUUUAAAUUAUUUGCUAAACACUAUUGCGGACAUCCUGCAGGAAGAGAAGAAACAGGAGAAACAAAAUGGGAAAUUAAAAAAUGGCAACAUGAAUGAACCUGCAGAGAACAAUAAACCAGAACUCACUUGGGUCCAUGAGAUUUUUCAGGGAACGCUCACCAAUGAAACUCGAUGCUUGAACUGUGAAACUGUUAGUAGCAAAGAUGAAGAUUUUCUUGAUCUUUCUGUCGAUGUGGAGCAGAAUACAUCUAUUACCCACUGCCUGAGAGACUUCAGCAACACAGAAACUCUGUGUAGUGAACAGAAAUAUUAUUGUGAAACGUGCUGCAGCAAACAGGAGGCCCAGAAAAGGAUGAGAGUGAAGAAGCUGCCCAUGAUCUUGGCCCUGCACCUGAAGCGGUUCAAGUACAUGGAGCAGCUGCACAGGUACACCAAGCUCUCCUACCGCGUGGUCUUCCCGCUGGAGCUGCGGCUCUUCAACACCUCCAGCGACGCCGUGAACCUGGACCGCAUGUACGACCUGGUGGCCGUGGUGGUGCACUGUGGCAGCGGUCCUAAUCGUGGGCAUUAUAUCACUAUUGUGAAAAGUCACGGCUUCUGGCUUUUGUUUGAUGACGACAUCGUAGAGAAAAUUGAUGCCCAAGCUAUUGAAGAAUUCUAUGGCCUGACGUCAGAUAUAUCAAAAAAUUCGGAAUCUGGAUAUAUUUUAUUCUAUCAGUCACGAGAAUAA